AUGAUUUUGUCUUACAGCGUUUCGGUCCUAAAAAACUAUCUAGAGCGACUACUGAAACCUUUAAACCCUCCCUUAGAUCCAGAUCUCUGCUGUGAUGUUGCCCAGAUCACGUCGACAUUGGCUGGCUUUGAUAACUCGCUUCCAUUUGCCAGAUGCCCCACCUGCGUGAAAAACAUCCAGAGAUUCUUCUGCGCCUUCUCCUGCUCACCCUUGCAGUACUACAUGACUGCUGACUACAAGGUGGCCACCAACGCAGCAAAUAAAGAAUACGCCUCCGAAGUGGUGCUGUAUGCGAGCAAUACAACUCUGAGCGAUAUUUACCAGUCGUGCAAAGAUGUUUCCCUACCCAGUACUGGGGAGCCAGUUCUUCAAAGCGCUUGUGGAAACUACGGCUCGAUCUGGUGCACUCCCAAGAGGUGGUUUGAGUAUAUGAACGAUCCAGAUGAAAACCCAUUUGCGCCGUUUAAAAUCACCUUUAUUGACGACCCGUCCUAUGAGAGUCCUUUGGACUUUCGCGUUAUUUCCUGUGAGGACUCUUAUGAAAACUCUUCUGCCUGUGGCUGCUCUGAUUGCCCAGUGAACUGCCCGAGCAACAGCUACGAAGACAUUGAUGUGCAGCAUCUGAUUUUUUCCGAUAUCAACAUCUACGCGUUUUAUGUUGCUAUUGGUCUGGGGUGUUUGGGGAUUUUCUCCUUUCUCAUUCUCCUACUGGCUUCGAGAAUUCUCAGCUCUACCUCCAGUGCAGCAACUAAAAACAAACUUGAUGUAACCAUCCAGGAAAAGGUCCAUGGGUUUCUGUACAGAUUCUUCAGGGCUUGGGGAGUUGCUAUGGCUUCAAGAUGGCACUUGGUGCUUCUGCUGAGCAUUGCGGUGGCUGUUGUCGCCUCAUGUGGCAUUUUUUACUUGAAAGUAACCACUGAUCCGAUAGAACUGUGGGCUUCGCCCAGCAGCAGAAGCAGGAAGGAGAAGGACUUCUUUGACACCUAUUUUUCCCCGUUCUACCGGACGAAUCAGGUGUUCAUCCGGGCGGCUUCCAUGAGCUCGUUCUAUUUCAGCUCUAACUAUGGAGGGGACAUUAUGCUGGGACCCGCCCUGGACAGCACGUUUUUGGAGGAAGUCUUCAAGCUGCAGAAGCAGAUAGAGAAUAUUACGGUGGAAGUUGAGGGCGAAACCAUCGGACUCAAAGACAUCUGCUACUCUCCCCUGCGAACUCCGUUUUAUGGGAGCCGAUCAAUUGACGAAUGCACUGUGAUAUCGCCACUGGGCUACUUUGGAAACAGCAUCGAGACGUACAAGAAGGACAUUAAAAGCAGCACGGAGAAAAUCAUCGGAUGCCUCCAAGCUCCCACUGGAUUAAAUUGCUUGGCCCCCUACGGGGGCCCGGUUAUUCCAGGAGUUGCGAUGGGAGGCGCUAAACAGCAGGACCAUUUGGAUGCUGUCGGAGUUACCCUCACUUUCAUAGUGACAAACAAGCAGGAUAAGAGCGAACUUACCGGAGCUUUGGCUUGGGAGAAAAAGUUUGUGGACUUUAUGCAGGAAUGGGAUGCUUCGGAAGAUAAGCCGGAGAUCUUGGAUGUGGCGUUCAGCGCUGAGCGCUCAAUUCAGGACGAAAUCGAGCGACUGUCCAAGUCGGAAAUCACUACUGUUGUCAUCAGCUACUUGGUCAUGUUCACUUACAUUGCCGCCUCUUUGGGGAAAAUCGUUAAAUGGCAGGAAAUGCUGCUGGAGGCUAAACUGGUGUUGGGAAUUGGGGGCAUUUUGAUCGUUCUCUCCUCAGUUAGUUCGGCGGUUGGACUGUGCUCGUACUUUGGAGUAACCACCACAAUGUUAACUUUGGAAGUCAUUCCGUUUCUUGUCCUCGCUGUAGGCGUGGACAAUUUGUUCAUUGUGGUGCAGGCCCAUCAAAGGAAAACCAAGAUUCCCGAUCAGACAGUGGCCGAAUCAAUAGGCGACACUUUAGGAGCAGUGGGGCCUAGCAUGAUGAUGACUAGUUUAUCCGAAAUUUUGUGCUUUGCUAUUGGCUCGCUUUCUUCUAUGCCAGCCGUCCACACGUUUGCCGUUUACGCCACCAUAGCGGUGGCUUUUGACUUCAUUUUCCAGAUUACUGCCUUUUUGGCUCUGCUCAGUCUGGACCAGAAACGAUACGACGCUAAUCGACUGGAUGUGCUGUUUUGCAUCAAACUCCACACCCAGAAAACCAACAAGCCGCCAAUAAUUUCCACGUUUUGGAAAGAAAAGUUCACUCCAAUUAUCAUGAAGUUCCCAGUUAGGGUGAUUAUUCUGAUAGUCUUCCUGAUUUCCACCAGCAUUUGCGUUUCGAUUGCACCUUCAGUUGAGCUGGGUUUAGAGCAGGAACUAUCCAUGCCAACCGAUAGCCAUGUGCUAAAAUACUUCCAGUACUUGAGCAAACUGCUAGGCACCGGACCUCCGAUCUACUGGGUGACGAAAGGAAGUGUAGAUUUUACCAGCUUGGAAGUCCGCAACAAAAUGUGCAGCGGAGUUGGUUGCGAUGAUAACUCCAUAGUGACUCAGUUGUAUUUGGCAGCGCAAGCUAAAAACAUAACAUACGUUUCCACGCAAGCGAACUCUUGGCUGGACGAUUUCCAUGACUGGGCUAAUUCCUCUCAGUGCUGUAAAGAGUUCAUAACAAAUUCCUCCUUCUGCCCUCACACUUACACCACUGAUCUCUGCUGGUCUUGCAAUUUGAGCGCUGGCGACUUGGACUAUCCGAGUAAUUAUUCCAGAUACUUGCCCUAUUUUCUCAUGGAUAAUCCUGACUCGUCUUGUGCCAAAGGAGGACAUGCUUCCUACUAUCAGGGCAUUUCAUUUUUAACUGACGAAAUUGGAUACACCAAUGUAACAGCUUCCAGCAUCAUGUCAUAUCACACAGUCCUCACUACGUCUAAAGACUACAUCGAAGCACUGAAAUAUGCGCGAUUUAUCGCUGAUCAAUUGACGGAAACUCUUGGGAUUGAUGGUGUGGAGAUCUUCCCUUACAGCAUCUUCUACGUUUUCUAUGAACAAUACUUGACCAUCUGGGUGGAUUUGCUGGAAAACCUCAGCUACUCAAUGUUGCUGGUUUUUGCUGUUUCCCUAGUCGUUACUGGUUUUGACCUGUUUGCUGCCUCUGUCGUUCUACUCACAGUUGCAAUGAUCGUGGUUCACUUGAUGGGUUUUAUGUACGUUUGGAACAUCUCCUUGAAUGCCAUCUCGUUGGUCAAUCUCAUAAUGAGCGUUGGAAUAGCUGUAGAGUUUUGCGGCCACCUCGUUCACUCCUACACGUUUUCCAGCGAAAAAUCCUCGCUGGAUCGCGCCAUCGAUUCUUUGGGGAAUAUGGGAAGUUCGAUUUUAUCGGGCAUUACGCUGACGAAAUUUUCGGGGAUUAUGGUGCUGGCUUUCUCCAGCUCGAAGAUCUUCCAGAUUUUCUAUUUCCGCAUGUAUUUGGGAAUUGUGCUGAUUGGCGCGCUUCACGGGCUCAUAUUCUUACCAGUUUUCCUAAGCUUUGCUGGUCGCAUCAAGUAUCCAGAGUAGCUGUAUUGUGAUAUUUUGUUGUCAAUUGUACAAAAAAUAAGCAGAUUAAGCUACCGAGAAUGUCCUCGAGCGUUAUGUGGCCUCACUGGUUAUUGGCAGUCGAUUUGCGUAAUAAAUUAUAUAUUUUUUUA